AUGCCGGUCUCGGAUUCAACCUUCCUCAUAUCGCUAAUAGUAAGUAACACCCCCCCUCAUUCAAAUUGACCCGCACCAUGAUACUAACUUGUUUAAAAUCCAGAGCGGUGGAUGCGCAGGAGUAGCAACCGAUUUAGCAUUUUUCCCCAUCGACACCAUCAAGACCCGGUUGCAAGCGCAGGGUGGCUUCUUCGCCAACGGCGGCUACCGCGGCAUAUACCGCGGCUUGGGCUCGUGCGUGAUCGCAUCGGCGCCCUCAGCGUCGCUCUUCUUUGUCACCUACGACACCAUGAAGCAGCACCUCCAGCCCUACGUGAGCAACCCCGCGUACCGACAUAUGGUUGCCGCAUCAAUGGGCGAAGUGAUGGCGUGCAUCGUGCGCGUGCCUGCGGAAGUCAUCAAGCAGCGUGCACAGGCGAGCCACAUGGGGCUCACUUCGAGCUGGCUGAACUUGAUGCAUAUCGUGCGCGGCAGCAGCAGCAGCAGCAGCAUCAGAGGGUUAUAUCGCGGGUGGAAUAGCACGUUAAUGCGCGAGAUCCCGUUCACGGUGGUUCAGUUUCCGCUCUAUGAGUAUUUGAAGAGCUUGAGGUGGGAUAAGGAGGAGGCAUGGGAGCGGCACGUGCCCGCGGGGUUUAGGGGUGCUGUGUGCGGCAUGAUUGCGGGCGGCGUCAGCGCUGCCGUGACUACGCCCUUGGACGUGGUCAAGACGCGGAUCAUGUUGAGCGAGGGCAAGGUCGGCGCGCUGGAGAUUGUCAGGCAAAUGGUCAAGAAGGAAGGCAUGAGCAGCUUGUGGAAGGGGGUUGUUCCGAGAACCUGCUGGAUCAGCUGUGGCGGCGCAAUAUUUUUGGGGGUCUACGAGUUGGUGAGCAACGAGUUGAUGAAAACUAGACUCUAA